AUGUCGACCGAGAGCACCGUUGCAAUAGUCGGCGCCGGCCUGGCCGGUCUGGGUGCUGCUCUCUCCUUGCACGCCCAAGGCAUCUCUUCGACCAUCUACGAAGCCGCUACCGCAUCGGAACGCUUCGCCGGCGCCAUCAUGCUCUCACCCAAUGCACUCUCCAUCCUCGACAAGCUCGACGUGUAUAAGAAAGUCGUCAGCUCAGGCUGGGAGUUUGAGACCGUCAAAUUCGUCGAGGUCGACGGCAAGGUCACCGACCAGCAGUAUCUGGGGUCGAAGGACGUGUUUGGCUACAAGGCCCUGCGCAUCUACCGCAACACCAUCCUCAAAGCACUCAAGGAUGCCUGUGCCGAACGAGGCAUUGCCAUCCAGUACAAUAAGAAGGUAAUCUCAAUCGCAUCCGAGACCGCCUCAUCAGCAACCAUCGAGUUCGCAGACGGCGCCCAAGGAACCCAUCCUCUCAUCCUCGCGACCGACGGCAUCCACUCUCGGAUUCGCACCUCCCUCUUCCCCCAAUCCACGCCAACCUACACCGGCAUCCUCGUUGUCGCCGGCGCCGUGCCGCUCUCGGCUCUGGACACAUCCUCUCUCCCCAAGGACCUGACUCUGAAUCAACCAAUCGGCGAAACUCCUGCCAACACUCAACCACCCUUCCUCCUCGCCCCGCAAAACCCCACCGCCACGGACUUCCUCGCCGGCACCCAGCGCCGCUAUCCAGAACAAUCACGCGAGGAGUGGGCGCGCAUCAACUCCGAUCGUGCCUUUCAGCGCAAUUUCCUGCUCGAAGGGGUCGAGGGCCGCUCGGCGCUGAUGCAGAGUGCUGCGCGCGGAAUUGAGGAUGAGAGCGCGAACCAGGCCUUUGAGGAUGGGUGGAGUCUAGCGCUUGUAAUGGCUAGCGAGAAAGUCACGCAAGUUUGGAAGAACGGCGGAGAGGAAUGGCUAAAAGUGAUGGAGAAGUGGGAGGGAAAGAGGAAGGAGAGGGUGGGAAGAUUGUUGAAGGAGACGAUGAGGAUGAACAAUGCCAGAGCACCGAAGGAGGUGAGAGAUAAAUUGCCCAAGGAGGAGAUCUGGAGCGGAGAUGGCGGCGUUGGGCAGGGGAGGUGGAUUUUCGAGCCGAAGAUCGAGGAGUGGGUUGAGGAGAUUACGCGGUAG